UAUGCCCUGAAAACAUGGCGACGGUUGUUACUGACGACGUUGUUGUUCUCAAUGUUUCGAACUAAUUUAAUCAAUUGGGUCUUUGAUGCUUCUUUUUACGUUAAAACUUGGCUUGCAUUUAAACCAUUGACGACUACUAAUUAAACAAAACAAUCUUCAGAACCGAAUUACUAAUAGUAGCUAUCUUUACAACUUAAGUUUCCUGUUGGAACAAGUGUCUGUGCACGAAUCGCAAAAUAACAAUCAUGGCUGCGGCAGCUGCGGCAGCUUUGCUCGACGAGCUUAUGGGUAGAAACCGCAACAUUCUACCAAACGAAAAACCCAAAGAAAUUAAUUGGGAGGAUCCGGAGUUUUGUAAGUUGUACUUUGUCAAGUUCUGCCCCCAUGAUUUAUUUGUCAAUACCAGAGCUGACUUGGGGGUGUGCACAAAAGUUCAUGAUGAUGAAGCAAAAGAACUUUAUGAAAAAGCUCCUUAUACUUUUCGUAAACAGCAGUAUGAAGAUGAAUUCAUCAGGUUCUGUCAAAGCAUGCUGUCAGAGGUUGAGCGCAAAAUUGUCAAAGGCAAACAAAGGUUAGCCCUCAUUGGAAAUAAAGAUAUGACGACUUUGACUCCGGCCCAAACUCAGAAAAAUGAAGAGCAAAUUGCUCUGCUUUCAGAAAAAAUUAAUAAACUUGUUGAAGAAGCUGAGCAAUGUGGAAUACAGGGAAAUGUCGAACAAGCCCAAGGUUUAAUGCGUUUGUGCGAUCAACUAAAAGAAGAAAGGGAAACAUUACAAAAGUCUAAUGACAACAGCCAUUACAACCAGGUGAAUGAUUCUAACUGGACUGCUGAAUUGGCAGCUGCUCAAGAAAAACAAAUGGAAGUGUGCGAUGUCUGCGGAGCUUUCUUGAUAGUUGGAGAUGCUCAGCAAAGGAUAGAUGAUCAUUUAAUGGGAAAACAACACGUUGGAUACGCUAGAUUGAAAGCAGCUCUUCAAGAUAUUUUGGAUAAAAGAGAGAAAGAUCGCGAAGAUAAAGAACGGAGAAGAGAUGACGAUAGACGACGAGCGCGAGGAGGCGAUGAUGAUAGGCGAAGAAGAGAUCGAAAUAGAGAUCGCGAUCACGAACGUCGAGAUGUCAAUCGGGAUAGAAGAGACCGGGACAGAAAUAGGGAUAGGGAACGAAUUAGAGACAGAGAAACAGAGAAUGAUAAUGAAAAAGAUGAUAGGCAUAAAAGACGAGAACACGACGUGCACAGAAAUAACCAACAAAGAAGUAGAAGCAAUGAGUCACGAGAAAAACAUGAUCGGCAUAAAGAAGAUGACCGUCGUUACAAAGAUAGAGGAAAUCAUGAUCAUCACCAUAAAAAUCGAAAUCGUCAUCGAUCGAGAAGUCCAAGUCGCAAAUAGCUGCUCUUGAUUGGUUAGUGAGUGAGCAGAAAUUCAGACGCAAAUCUUCAUGAGGGAUUUCAUGCAGCAUACACCAAUCAUACCAAGAAAUGAAAGUUAAAAUUUUAUACAAGGUAAAGAUAUCCUUUUUAUCAUUGAGAUUUUUGUUUAACCAUAUAACUUCAAAAAUGGAUGUUCUACUGGAGUAAACGUUCAUUGAUGGAGAAAAGAUGUGACUUGAUUACAUGGGACACCGUCAUUCAUAGGUUUUUAAAUUUGUUUAUAAAUUUAAAGUGUUUCAAGUAAAAUUAGAUGAUUGUCAAACUUAACAAUAUUCAUUAUAAAUAUUAUCAUUAUAAAGAUAUAAUGAAAUAGUAGUAUUGAUACAUUGUAGUCUUCUAAUUUGUUGAUACAAUAAAAUGUAAAGAGAAUUUUUGAAUUUGAGGUCUAACUUCAAUUAUUGGUUUUCAAAACUUAUGUAAAAUAAAACCUACUUAUGGCAUAGGGCUGAAUAAAUAAAUAUUAAA